CCAGCUACUUGGGAGGCUGAGAUAGGAGAAUGGCUUGAGCCCAGGAGUUUGAGGUGGCUAGGAGAUAGGCUGAUGUCACUGCUCUUAGCUGGGGCAACAGGGCGAGACUUUGUUGUGGAGGAAAGAAACAAAAAAGCUUCCAAUGGAAAUUUCACUGUAUAAGGAAGGGCUGCAAUAUAAGUAUGCAAGCAAGCGUCCAAGCUGUGCUGUUCGGGAAUGAAGGCUGCGAUCCUAACCUGCCACACAGUUUCCAGGCUUGAGGAGCCCUGAUGGCUACAGAUCAGGCUAUGGUCCCCCUGGUGGCCUGGGAGCAGGCUUUGGAGGGGAUGUGAAACCACAGAAGCCAGGAUUUGAAAGUAGCAAUGGCUUGGGAGCUGGAGUUCCUCCAGGGGCAGCAACCCUAUCAGUCAUGGGAAAGGCUGUGAAACCUCAAAAGCCAGGAUUUGCCAAUGGGAAUGGCCUGGGAGCCUGGGCCUUCCUGGGAGUCAGAGCCCAGCCAGGAUAUGGCAAUGGAAAUGGCCCAGGGACCCAGCCAGGCCCCACAGGGCAAAAGGACUUUAGACCAGGCUUUGGAGGGAGUGGAAAACCUCAGAAGCCAGGAUUUGGGAAUGGGAAUGGGCUAGGAACUGAGACCUUCCUGGGAACCCAGCCAGGCACCACAUCUCAAAAUGGCUAUGGACCAGUCUUGGCAGCCCUGAACAGAUUUGUCCCAGGCUUUGGAGGGGGCGUGAAACCCCAUGAGCCAGCACUCUGGGAGGCCGAAGCGGGUGGAUUGCUUGAGCUCCAAGUUCAAGAACAGCCUGAACAAAAGCAAGACCCCGUCUCUAUUAAAAAUAGAAAAACCCAUGGGCGGCGCCUGUGGCUCAGUGAGUAGGGCGCCGGCCCCAUAUACCGAGGGUGGCGGGUUCAAACCCAGCCCCCACCAAACUGCAACAAAAAAAUAGCCAGGCGUUGUGGCGGGCGGGCGCUUGUAGUC